AUGGCGCUUUCGAUGACGCUUCAAUACAUGGACAAGCAGGCACUUCCCGCCGCCUCAAUCCUGGGAAUCAUUCAGGACCUUAAACUCUCAGGCGCCCAAUAUUCGUGGGCCAGCUCAAUUUUCUGGUUCGGCUACCUGGCAUCCACAUAUGCAACUCCAUAUCUGAUGGUUCGCCUCCCUAUCGGCAAAGUCCUCUCUUGCACCUUCGUCGGCUGGGCAGUCAUGAUCGGAUGCCAUGCGACACUCAAGAACUUUGGAGGUCUCAUGGCCGUCCGAGCCUUGCUGGGAAUGGCUGAAGCUGCGGCUAUACCUGGAUUCAGCCUGUUGACUGGCAUGUUCUACAAGCGCCAGGAGCACGCCUUAAGGCACGGACUUUGGUUCAUAGGGAAUUCGCUCGGCAUCAUGAUCGCUGGCUUGCUGUCCUUUGGUAUUGCUCAUGUCAAGUCCGGUAUUGGUGCUUGGAAGUGGCUAUUCGUAACCCUAGCCGUCAUCACCUUCGCCUGGGCAGUGGUAAUGUUCUGGACACUCCCUGACACGCCUGCAACCGCAAAAUUCCUGUCAAAAGAGCGAAGAAUCCAUGCGGUGGAACGCCUGCGGAGUAACCAAAUGAUUGUCAAAAACAACCAGUUCCAAUGGUAUCAGUUUCGAGAGGCUUUGCUCGAUCCUCGGAUCUGGCUGCUUUGCCUCUUCCUUAUGGCAGUGUCCAUAUGCAGCAGCUCCAUUGCCGCGGUAUUGUUUGUCCCUUGA